AUGGUCCAGCAUGGUGUUGCUCCAACACCAAGGAAGAAGUCUAAGGGCGGCCAAAAAUUGACCAUCAAUUUCCUGCCAUCAUAUGCCUCACUUAAUAAACUGAGCAAGGCAAAGGUAGAUGCUUGGUUCCGUGCAGAGAGCACAUCAGAUGGCUACAAGCAGUAUGUCCGAGAAGGUAAGGCAUGGAUUGCAAAGUGGGCGGAGAGCAUGAAAGGAUCUGACGGUACCAGCAUGGAUGCCCUGGACAGCAGUGCAAUAGCUGUUGCCUUUGAUACAGUAUCGGAGUACACCCCGAAAGCCCUCCACGCAUUUGUCAUAUACAAGUGCGAGAUUCAAGAAAACAGUUACAAGACUGCGGAGGGCAUCCGGUCUGCAUUCAAGCACUACUUCACUUACACACACCUCUGUCAGGGCAAUUUCUGGCGAAAAAACGGCACGACUGGGCAGUGGGAAGGGAAUCCUGUGUUUGAUCUGUCAUACUCAUCUUUCCAUGAAUCACUGAAGAAGGAGUAUCAACGAUCAAGUGAUUCAAGUCACAGCCUCCCCAUGCUUUCGAAGAACAUCGAGAAAAUGUUCGCAUAUGCAGACCAUGCAUGCUCCAGCAAGAAGAUUUCAAAGACACAACAGCUCUUCUGGAAGGCUUUUGUGUCUAUUGCAUUCACCCUGUGGACAAGGUGUGAUGAGGCCAUCAAUCUGACAGCGGGUGAUACAAAUCAAGACAAUCCUGAGAAAUCGAAUAACUACGAUAUUCCACUUGACUCCACUAUUCCACACCUCGACUGCUACAUGCAUACAAUCAACUGGAUGAACCACCUUGCUGAGCAGAUGCAGCAUCCACUCCAGAAAACUGAUUUCAUUUUUCCGGCCCUUGCAUCCACGGGCAAGUUGAAGAUUGGCACUGCAGUUGGCCAUGCUGAGAUCAAGAAGUUGCUUGAGCACUUUGUCUCAGGCAUCGAACUUCUUGCUGUGUGGCCUGGCAAGUUUACGACACACUGCUUUCGAUGUGGCGGGGCUCAGUGGUGCUUCAUGUGGUGCCCAGAUCGUAAAUGGAGUCUAAAGGCUGUGAAGUGGCAGGGGGGCUGGUCACCAACAGAGAGUGUGCAUCUCGAGGUAACUACCCUCACUCGAUAUCUUCUCGAUGAGGUCUGCAAGUACGAGCAUGGCUAUAGUGACAUGGUCAUGCCUAGCAGGAGCUUUGAGCACCACGUCACUUUUAUGGGUGAUGAUGCAGUGCACCAAUCAGGCCUGGCCAUGGCUUCCUCUGACAGUAUGACUCUCAUUCUCGAGGAAAUUCGUGCAAAACGAGUUGAGAUUGCAAGAAUAGUAUCGAGUUUUCAGCCGUCUCAGGUGCUCACCACACCCGGUCAUGUGCACCAUCUCGGACCUAACACAAAUCCUUUGAGCUGGACUCCCUCAGCCCCUCUCAUCACAGAUGCAUUUCUCGGGCUUUCCGAGUCUGGGCCAGGGUCACGAGCUGUGUUGCAUUCAGAUACCGUCACCGACAUUCACCACCACCAGAAAGGUCUACUCCUGCCUCUCAAGGAGUGGCCGAAGCACUUCAAGCCUUCACAAUACCGGAGCGAGGCCGUCAAAUGGGGCAAGAUACAGAAGGUCGUCGACAAGUACUACACAGCCUAUGGCAGUAACAGGCAGACAUUCGACCAGCUCUACCCAGGCCUUUCCACGAAAUAUACCCAGCUUGUCCGCGCCAUCAAUGCCACAUGA